GAUGAUAUGCUGAAAGUAAAAUUUAAUGAGAUGAUUGCUAGACAUGCAAAACUGCCGCCAAUUAAGAACAUUGUUGAGGAUCUUAUGAUGAAGUCUCCAUUUUUUAUCGACAGUGUCGAUGGUGCUGGCAAGAAGGUGAGGUAUCGAACAGUACGUACAUUGGGAAUGGACAUAAAAGCCAACAGACCACAAGGGCGGUUCUAUGAGAGGCAUUUGAAUGAUAAUGGUGAAUGGGUAGGCUAG